AUGGGCUACUUCGGCCUCAAGGGCGGAUGGCUCACCUUCUGGGUGACCAUCGCCUGCGCGACGGACAUGACACUAUUCGGCUACGACCAGGGCGUCUUCGGCGGCGUGAUCGUGACCGACGACUUCCUCGAGACCAUGGGCAUAGUCGGCAACGACAAGCUCCAGAGCACGGUGACGGCCAUCUACGACAUCGGCUGCUUCCUCGGCGCCAUCUCGACCAUCUGGAUCGGCGAGCGCCUCGGGCGCAAGAACACCGUCCUCGUCGGCACCAUCAUCAUGUCCAUCGGCGCCGUCCUCCAGACCGCCGCCUUCGGGCUCCCGCAGAUGUUCGUCGGGCGCGUGAUCGCCGGCAUCGGAAACGGAAUCAACACCUCGACCGCGCCCGUCUGGCAGGGCGAGACCAGCCAGGCGAGCUGGCGAGGCAAGUUGAUCGUCAUCGAGUUGGUCAUGAACAUCUUCGGGUUUUCACUGAGUAACUGGGUCACUUUCGGGUUCUCAUACCUCGGCGGCUCCAUCUCGUGGCGCUUCCCCCUCGGCUUCCAGUUCAUCUUCAUCUUCGUCCUCUUCGCCACCGUCCCGUGGCUCCCCGAGUCCCCACGCUGGCUCAUCGCCAAAGGCCGCGUCGCCGAGGCCGAGCAGAUCCUCGCGGACCUCGAGGACCGCCCGGUGGACGACGCCUACGUCCAGACGCAGUCCAAGGAGAUCCAGUGGGCCGUCAACUACGAGAACGAGAACGCCGUGCCGUGGUCCGACCUCCUCCGCGGCAAGACCUCCAAGGCCGGGGCCACCGGUACCAUCCGCCGACUGCUUCUCGGUAUCGGUACGCAGGCUGGACAGCAGCUCAGCGGUAUCAACGUCACUUCUUACUACCUCCCAACCGUCCUCAUUCAGUCCGUCGGUCUGGAUAACAGAACCGCCAGAUUACUCGCGGCCUGCAACUCCGUGAGCUACUUCCUCUUCAGCUUGAUCGGUAUCCCGAACGUCGAAAGAUGGGGACGUCGAAAGAUGAUGAUGUACGCCGCCGCCGGACAAUUCGUCUGCUACCUCGUCAUCACGAUCUGCAUCCGCUACACCGAGUUCCCCGGCCUCGCCCCCGAGACGCAGUCCCAGUGGGCCAAGGCCUCCAUCGCCUUCUUCUUCCUGUACUACGUCUUCUUCGGUAUCGGCUGGCAGGGGGUCCCCUGGCUCUACCCGACCGAGAUCAACAGCUUGUCCAUGCGUACAAAGGGCGCCGCCCUCGGAACCGCGACCAACUGGAUCGUCAACUUCAUGGUCGUCGAGAUCACCCCGCCCGGCAUCAGCUCCCUCGGCUGGAAAUUCUACAUCAUCUGGACCGUCUUCAACUUCUCCUUCGUGCCCAUCGUCUACCUCUUCUACCCGGAGACGGCCGACCGCACCCUCGAGGACAUCGACCGCUUCUUCGCCGAGAACGACGAGCUCCUCGUCUUCCGCAACCCGGACGCCACCUCCUCCAAGCGGCCCCUCAAGUACGUCGCCCAAGAGGAGGACCAGAUCGCCAAGCGCAACAGCGGCCUCGUCCCCGGCGAGGUCGAGGACGUGCUCCGCAAGCGGGGCGUGUCGGACCGCGCGAAGAAGGGGGAGUCGGACGAGGAGAUGGCGUUUGGGGAGCACAAGGAGAGGACGUCGGGGGUGUGA